AGCACGAAGAAAAUGUGUGGACCAGUUAUCACAAUACGAACACAACGUAGUCUAGUCGUAAUUUAUCUAAUAAUAAACCGCUCCAACUUUGACCUCACAACAAACAUGGCUGCGCCCACGCGGGAAGGCACUGCUAAUGAUGUGUUAGACGUACGGCAGUUUCUUGAAGGAUGGGCGGGUCUUGUAGGUAAUUCACAACUGCAGAAACACGAAGAUGAUGACCAAGAAGCAAAAAUAGCCAAUGAUAUGUCUAUUUCUCGGGAAAUGGUUGAAGAGUUGGCUUCAGUUUGUAGUACUGACACAUUGCUUUGUGGAUCAGAGCCAGAAGAAGGGAAUCUGACAGCUUUUCCAGAAGUUAACCUUUUGACAGUGAGAUGCCAGGAAGAAAGUGUACAAAAAAGAGAGAAUGAUAAUAUAUUUAGAACAAAAGUGUCCAGAAAGAUGAGAUAUAAAUAUGUACAAACAUUAGCGCCCCCAUGUCAGAGUGAAGGCAGUAUUGAAUGCCCAAUAAAAAUACCAGAGGUACUACUGAAUGUUAAAAUAUUCAGACCAUUAUAUAGUAAGAAGAAACAGACCUUCCUUGAUCAGGAGUUCCAAGUCAUAGGUAGUAAUACACUAACAGAUCUCCGUGACAAAUACAGUUGUGUGGCAGAUUUCUCUGUGCCUGGAGAGUUCAGUGAAGAUCCAGACAUGCCUCAGGACAACAGGGCAAAGGACUUAUUCAAAUCAGGGUUCUUUUUCAUUGAAGGCACUUUCUAUAAUGACAUGCGUUAUGAUGAUUGCAGAGAUUAUAGCAAGGUCAUUAUUGACUGGGCCAAGGAAAAGGAAAGAGGACUGGGACCCUACACAAGUGCCAAAAUGGAAACUACCAGAUUUGUGGACCUGAAACUCCGACUGGGUCAGCCCUAUGUUUACCUCCAUCAGGGGGAAUGUGAGCACCUUGUUGUCUUCUCUGAUCUCAGACUCCAUGGUGCAGAUGAUCCACAAGAUGCUAAAGCCUAUCCUUUGUUAGUCCACAAAUCAAAGCCCAGAAGGCAGUUGUGUAUCGCCUGUCAAACAAUGACAGCCAGGUGGAUCGUCCAUGGCAGUCCUUUGGCACCUGAGGAUCCUAGCCAUUUCUGUGAUGUUUGCUUCAAGAUGUUGCAUUAUGACAAGAACAAAAAAAAGCUUGUAGAGUUUAAAGCAUUUCCAUUUUUGGACAAGACAGCUGUGUUCUGAUAUGCAACAAAAUAAAUGAAAAACAGUAUUAUGAAAGUUCUGAACAUCCUUAACUUUUAAUCAAAGUUAUCCAAGACAGUGGAGCAGUGAAAAUCUGUUUUGUUAAGUGUUAACUGGAAAAAAUCAUCAGCAGAAUCAGAACUUGGAAAAAUUAAACAGGUAAAAAAAAUUGAGCAGAUACAAUAAUGCUGACACCAUGUUGUGGGUCUCUGAGGUCAUGUUGUGAUCGGGUUUAGCAUACAGACGGUUCUGUUAGUUAAAAACUUUGAAUGACUUAAUUCCAAAGAUCUGUGGUUAUUUGUAUAUAUUAAUUGUGAAUAUAUUUUUACUACCUAAUUUUGUGACAUUGAAAGAUUACCAACGAUGUCUAAACAAAAAAUUAAUUCAAAUCAACUAAGUUAUUGGAAAUUUUGAGAGCAUCCCGCGGGUGUUACUACUGUAAAUAUUCAUUUGUUGUCAAGCACAGACUAAAAGCUUCCACCUUUGACUUUGAAGCUGGUAUUUAAUUUGAGAUAUUUCAGCCAUAAAUCGUUAGAGAGGCUUGAAUUUUAACACCUGGUAGAGGAUAGCGCGUCUGAUUCGACAAAUUGUGCUAGCGGUGCUGUGAGACUGGCAAAUGAUGUUGAGCUGGCUGUGACGUGAUUGUGCUUUUUAACAUGAAUAUUCUAAAAAU